AUGAGAGGGCGAUGCGAGCUUUUACGACGUGCGAACAGCUGCCACCAAACUAAAGCCGGCCACAUCGAGGACAUAUGGAGCGGCGGCUCGGAGGCGUCUGGCGCGGCGCUGGAUCCCGAAACCAGCUGGCAGGACGAGCUGAAACACUGCGCACAAGAGCGUGCCACGGGCGCACACGUUGGGUCCGACCUCGGCGGGGAAUCGUUCCCGGGGACGAAACUGACUCGGCGAUGGCGCGUCGAUGAGGAAUGA